CGCCCUGGCUCCUCGGCCUCGGCUAAGCGUCAGGCCCCAGGCGACGACCCAACUGAGGCUGCGCGGCCAUGGCGUGGUGGCUCCUCGGAGUGGCCUUGUCUUUCGCACCUCGGCCGGACCCAGGCCCCGAGGGGUGCAUCGCACACGGCGGCUACCCCGUCACCGCCACCGGCGUCGGGCAGUGGGCGUGCAAGUUUCCGUGCGGCGAGGAGUGGACCAAGUGCCCCAUCGGAGGCACGGGCCCCAGCCCGCCGUGCCCCGCCGACUCGCCAACCGCCAGCUUUGCCGUCCCGUCCGACGCGUGCGAGAAGAAGUGCCGCGACUACAUCGAGCCGAUCUGUGCCGCUGUGGGGUUUACUGCAGCCUGCUUCUCCCAACCGGACCCGCCGGGCGUGGACAUUGAGCACAGUAUGUUCCUGAAUCUGGAGGCGCAGUGCUUGACGGGAGGGGGUGGCCAUGGAGCCGCGCCGCCGACACUAGCGGCUGAAAAAGGGCUAGACCAGUCUACCGCGGUCUACCAAGUCUACCCCCCCAUUUGGUGAAGCCUCUGGGGGGGGGCGGACCUCCCCCCCUAGCAUGUGGUGAAGCCUCUGGGGGGGGUCUGAGGGAGGGUGUAGAGGAUGUAGAGUGUAGAGCGCUGUAGAGCUGUAGAGAUGUAGAGCGCUCUGGAGCGCUGUAGAGCUGUAGAGCUCUACAUCGGGCACGGGACGAACUGCGUGCGUUGUAGAGCGAUGUAGAGCGCGAUUUUGUUGUAGAGUUUGUUGUAGAGGCUCUACAGCCAACCCGCCGGGAAGGCAGUGACUCAAAGAGGUCGAGUCGCACUAAUGGGGUGUCUCCGAGCUUACUGGAGCUCUGAUGGACGGCCCUGACUAUCCCUGACACACAGAGAGUCACUCUGAUGGCACACAACACCCCAUAACUGCGUCAUGACCAGCCUGCAUAUGGCGUCGCCGGUGCCGCAUUCGUCGCAGUGCUUCUUUAGCAGGCGAUGGACUGUCGGCGGCGAGGACGGUCGCAUUUGCGCAAGGCGAGGCGAGCAUUCAGACGCGUUGCAUGCGCCAUGACUCGCGCCAGCGCGUGCGGGAGCUCCUGGCUGAGCGUUGAGUCCAGGCGAGUUGCGCUGGCC